AUGCCCACAAUUGUAACGGAAACAGCAACCGAUAAAGUAAGCAAUUCAACACCAUGCCAUAAAGAACCAAAGAAAACAUCAAUGAAAACAACAACAAUUCUACCUUCUACAUCUACUAAUCAAGCUAGUACAUCUACACCAUCGCCAACAACCAGUACUUCACCAACAAUACCAACUAUUCCAAAUGUACGAACAACCCCUCCCAGCUAUAUUAUUAAUUCAAAUAAUAAUAUUAUUAAUAAAGUAGAAGAACCAAGAGGAGAAAAUAAACUAGGCAAAGACAAUCAAAAUUCAAAUAAUCAGCCAAAAAGUGAAGAGAAUGAGAACAACGAAGAGGAUAAAAAUAAUUAUAUGAGCAGCACAGAACCUUCAUUAACUGGAGAUAUUGACCUGGAUUUGAAUGUUAUCAUUCAGAGAAGGAAAAAUAAAAUGGCUGAUAAGGUAAUCAUUUAA